GGUAAGAUUACACAUCAGAGUUGGCCACUGCAUAUUCAAGUGUAAACGCAGUUUUAGUUUUAACACCAGAGACAUGUCAGAUUGCUGAUUGAAGCUCCCUUUGCUACAAUAAGAGAAAGACGUCAGAAUCUCACCAAAAUGUUCCAGCUUGGAAGCAGACUGGUCCAGUUUCAGUUGACUGCAGAUCCCUCUGAGUAUAGUAGAGAAGACGAUGACACCCAACAGUUAUCGCACAGUUUUAACGGAUUUCUUGACAAAGUCAGAAACGUGGGUGGACUGAAAAAAGAAGAUUUUUUCUGCAACCUGCGGGUUCCUGUCCAGCAUCAGACUGCUAAAGAUGAAAUCAACCUAGUCAUCCUUACAGGCCGUGCUGUGUUCUGCAUUGAUGUUAAGUGCUGGAGGGGUGAGGUGUCAGCGCACAACCAACAUUGGCAGCUCCAGCAGAAAGAAGAAGACCAAAACUUUACCAACACCUCCAUCCAGCAGGUGGCUGACCCGCUUCAAGCUAUCACGACCAAAACAACCAAACUGUGGAACCACAUGAGAUGCAGUGGGGUGUCCGUGCCUCAGACACUCUUCCUCCCGAGGGUGCUCUUCCUCUCCCCGGACUGCCAGCUGGAAGACGGACUGAGGAAGAGGAAGGAGCUGGUAUCUCAUUGGGACAUGGAAGCGUUCCUGCGCUCCUUUAAGGAGGGAUAUGUGGCCUGGGUCUCUGACGCACUGACUCCAUCAUGGCUGUCUGGUCACCUGUCGUACCGACAGCUGGGAGAGUUGAAGGAGGUUCUGAAGAAGAUGGGGACGUGGGAUCUGGUCAGACUGCACUGUGGUGAGCAGCUGAAGGGAGACUACCAGGGCUGCCAACACAUCGCUCUCAACCGGCAAGAGACAGACAAGCUGGAGUUCUCCAAGCUCAAGGCCCUGUCCACAGGCUCACUCUGGGCUCUGCUGGGGCACACACCGCAAGUGACGGUGAAGAUGUACAAGCGCGGCGGCCAGGCGUGGCUGGGAAGGCCUCUGACCGGCACCGCCACCAUCCCCUCCAGCACCCACGUGCUGUUCCGCGUCAGCGGAGAAGACUCCGACUCCAAGAUCCUCGCCUCACGCAUCCACACCAUCUCCCUCAGCAUAUGAGCCAGACACACUGCCCCAGCUCCAACCCAGUACUGUGUCAACGCCCCAUGCACUGGCCCUACCCCUUCCACUCAUUCUAUUAAUGAAGGUCAGUUUAUAGUCUAGCGACAGAGCGCCACUGUGACCAACGGCGUGCAGUGGAUGUCGCUGGUUGCAGCCACAUUUGUUUAUACUCUGUGUGACUGGAGUGCGUUAAUACUUACUUUUUAGCGGCAACAACUACAGUCUGUGUCGGGCGACAGUAGAACGUUCAUGAACAUUCAUGAUUUCAGUCGACCGACACACUGUCUCUGGACUAUAAACUGGCCUUAAGAGCUACUGUUCAUCAGUGGCUGGCUGUGGAUAUGCCCAUGAGGCUAGACAAAUGUUACUGUAACAUGUUGCUUUUAGUCAAAAGAUUGGUUUUUAUUCAUAUAUAAUUUUGUGUAUCAUUUCGGUCCUUUUUACGGCUAUCCGAUCAAGUUGAAUAACACCUUUUUUUCUGUCUCAUAAAUUCAGUCCGCAGCGGUCUACUCAGAAAUGAAAACGGCACAAAUGAAUGUAAUGGGUCUAAAUGUUUUUAAGCCAUUUAAAAAUCCUUUCAUACGCUAUGUAUAAAUAUGCACAAAACCAGAAUGCCCCUACCUCAGAAACCGCUGCAUACGAUUCCCACAAUCUCACUGCCUGCUCACCCCUCAGUGGCCUUUAAUCCUAGCUGACAAUAUUAUGUUAAUGUACCUUUUUCCAGUAAUUAGCGUGAUUAAUUUUCUCUUGUUUUGAAUGACAAUUACAGUGCCUGCCAACACUUUAAAGUACUCAUUAAUUGCCAAUUUAAUCAGUGCGCUAGUCUGUUUCCGAGGCGCAGUCCUGUCAUGUUUGAUGCUAUAAUAGGGGGUGAUUAAAAAAUGCGUGGCCUCUAACAUGAGAAGAGGUGUAAAACGUAUUACCGAUAUUGUUUUAAUGGUUUGGUGAUUCAUCAUAUGCUUGUGGGGAGUUAUGCUUUUAGUGCUUGGUAAAUAUGUUCCACCGCAGGACUGGGAGUGGAUAACUUGUUUAAGAGUUCACAUAUGCUCAAAGAGCACCAUUCAUUUUUACUAGAUUUGUCUUUUAUGGCGUUUUAGUUCUCUACACUCUUCCGUACGAUUCUCAGGCACAGAGCUGCAUUAGCAUCUUACGGCUCCAUUUACCGUGGCUGGGAUUGACUCAAACGAAGUUACUACUACUUCUAUCUGAACAUCAGUGCCUUAAGCUAAGCUCAGAGGGGAAAGGGCCCUUUCUGUAUCCUCAUCUGAUCUCUGUAAGCAGCACCUCUGCACCUGAAAACAAAUUAGGUUUCUGCUCUAGCUCUCUCUCUGGAAUUGUCUGUUUACAAAAUUCGCUUAGAGAAAAUGGCCACCGGUGAGCAAAUUUGGUGGUGAUUUCAGGCGAUGUAUUUACACGUGCUCUGCCCAGUUGAGAGGGGCCCGCAAAUUUUCGCAAUAAUUUUCAGCCUCUAUUUACUCAUUUACGAUGAAAGAAGCAAUAUGUAUACAGUCCCAUAACAACAGUCUCAGGAUAAAUACAAUUAUGUUCUUGUGUGGUUGUUGGGCAGUCGUUCCCACAGCUAUAACAUACCGUUUCACUUAAUGUACAUACGUAUGUAAUUCUAUUCUCACUAGGUUUCUGUUAAUGUUCAGUUCCACUGUAUGUUGGGAGAAUGAUGUACUGUAGUUUUGGGUGGGUGUUAAAUGUAUAUUACUGGAAAGAAUGUGCAACAAUGUAACACAAAAUAAAUGUAAUGUCACAAACACUGCGAGUGUAAACUUUAUAUAAACUGUAAAUUGUUGGCUAUCUGAAACUUACUCAUAUCUUUAGAGGGUUCCUUGAAAAGACAAGUAACACUGGUCCAGAUUCAUCUGAGGUUUUCUCCAGUGGCUUUAAUACGUGCCUUGAGAAUGUCCCCACCACCUACAAGACCAUCUACAAGACUGUUUUGCUUUACGUUUCAUACAGCACAGCUGAUAGGACGUCAGGCUUAGGGGAGGUGGCCUGAAUUUAUAUCCACUCCAGUCCGAUGUCUUGACGGGUCACAUCUGUGUCCCAUUUUCAACAAGGUCUGUAUCCGUGCAUUCUCGGUGCAAUAAAUCACUCAAAGUAAUUAGCUACCUGCACUUGUACAAGGCUCCACGAACACACAAGAACAGAUACUUACGGGCUAUUUUCAAAUCCCAUUCAGCGACGACCACAAUAUUGUCACAGUAUAGCACCCUUUGUUGGCGGAGAUAGAGAGGAGUGGGGUGAUGAAACAGAACAAAAUGAGGCCAAAGUGUUGAAGGAGGACUCAAAAAGAUGCAAUUUACAUGUUGCUUUAACCUCCUCUGUGUUUGGAGGACACAGGUCCCGGAUGAAUCUAUUACCUCUUUUAGCAAUCUGAACACCCUGAUUUUGAGUUAUUUUCGUUGUUUUGUUCAGAGAUAAUUUAUGGAUCUUGAGAAAAAAGCACUUGCGACAACAGUGAAGCAUAAAGACGAUUCGACCCCUUUGUACUAAGCCGGGUACUUGCUUGUUUUAUCUUUGCGAUUUCAUUUAAAUGGAAAUGUGAUCAUGUAUUCUGUACUUGCAUGUCUUUAUCUUUUGGUGUUUACAAUAAAAUAA